GAGUGAGACUUGGUGAAAGGUGGACGUGUAAGUCGGGCUCUCUCUGCUCGGGGAGACUUGCUCUCUGGUCUGUAGCACGUCCAUCACAUAAACGGAUGACAAAUUUGCGGGAUACAACGGAAAUUGAAGGAUAGUGUAACCACUCUUGUGAGAGUAAAGUGUGAGACGGAGACCUGGUUAAGGAGAGUUUUUUUUUUUUUUAAGAUUUGUGGUAUAUAAAAAAGGCUAAACAGCAGUACUAAGAAAAGUUUUUUCUCUGGUAUUCAGGAUCUCUCGUCUCGGUGAUAACUUUCUUACCGAGUGCGUCGUGUUGAUCAUGGAUAUAUGGCUGUAUAAGUAGCGAAAAACCCGUCUCCCCAAAUGAAAGAGGUGUUGAGCAGUAUGGGUGGAGGUACAGGGGUGGUGGGGCUCGGUGUAGGCGGAAGUAGCGGUAUCUGCUGCCGUCCACGCCCUGUCAACCUCCUCCUGCUGCUGGUGCUGCUCCUUCAGGCUGCCUCCGCGACCAGGACACUAGCAGGUCAAACGUACAGGACGGCGUACGCUUGUGAAGGAACUACUCUCAGUAUAGACUGCGCGCCGGGGAAUGUUAUCAAUGUGAUCAGGGCCAACUAUGGCCGCUUCUCCAUCACCAUCUGCAACGCUCACGGCAACACAGAAUGGUCCGUCAACUGUCAGAGUCCCAGGACCCACCGAGUUCUGGCAGAGAGGUGUAGCGGACUGGACAGCUGUAUGGUUGAGGUCACCAGCCAGAUCUUCGGCGACCCUUGCCCAGGAACCCACAAGUACAUCGAAGUCCAUUACUCCUGCGCCCUAGCUACGUCAACGACUACUACGACCUCCAGGCCACGACCGCCGUGGUACGUCGCAACCCGCCCGCCCAUUCGGAUCCUGCCUACCCUUACGACCAACUACACCACGACGACGACCACCACGCCUCCACCAACCACCACGACUACUACUACUAGCAGCACCACCACGACUACCACAACCACCACUACCCUUCCCCCUGCAACAAUACCACAUGUGUUGGAGGAAGGAGAGAGACCAGAAAUUGAGGUUCUCACUACACUUAGUGGAGAACCUACUACCCAAACCUCCUCCACGACCCCAGCUACUCCCACCUCUACCACUAGCGCCAGUACAUCCCCCACCACAACCCAGCCUACCAGUACUCACGUACCACCAGUGCCACCCCCGCGUUUCGAGGGCGACUACGACUCUCCUUGGUGCCCUCCAUCAUUCGGACGCGGAUUGUACUGGAAUUGGACACGGGGCGGCGAAGUGGCUGUCCAGCCGUGUCCUGGCGGGGCCUCGGGCUGGGCACGGCGGCCAUGUCACUCAGCAGACUGGGCAGGCCCAGCUGACCUGAGUGAAUGUCGCAGUGUGUGGUUAGCAACUCUCAAGACUCGUGCCAACUCUCACGACUCUUUAUUGAGUGUUGCUGCUGAUCUGGCCACAGUGACUGCCAGCAAGGACCUCUAUGGCGGAGAUCUCACUACCACAGCUCAACUCCUAACCACCUUGGCCGCCCGCAUGACGGAGCAAGUUCGCGACUUCCCCGACCCUCGACAACGGCAGGACCUCGUCACGGAAAUGUUGCAGGCUGCACUGGCUACAGGAUCUGCCUUACUGGCAGCAGGUAUGGCGGGGCCAUGGGGAGAUUUAGCGGUCCGUGAGAGGCGCCAUGCUGUCACUCGGCUCAUGGAGGCUUUGGAAGAAGCUUCAUUCCUUCUGGCAGGCGCUCUGCCUCCAGGUGCCCAGGCUGCACACUACAAGUCUCAUGUUCUGGUGUCCGCAAGGUCUGCCACGGCUGACGGCUCCUCUGUUAGAUUCCCUUCCUCGGAGGACCAAGAUCUUGACUGGGUGUACGCCGACACGGUCACACUACCUCCAGAAGCUAUCCUAGAAAACAGUGAUGGUGGGACUACUAGAGUUGUGUUUUUGACUUAUCGUCACUUCGAGGAUUUGUUGACCCCGGGGCCAGAGCCCCUGGGACAUCGCGCGGGUAACAUAACCCGCAUGGUUAAUUCACGUGUAAUGUCAGCGUCUCUAGGUAGCGGUCGCCACAUCCAGCUGCCGGAGCCAGUGACUCUCACCUUCUCGCUUCUAAAACAAGAAAAUGUAACCCGGCCUGUGUGCGCCUUCUGGGACUACACUACCUCAGCUUGGAGUGACGAAGGUUGCCGCGUUUUGAUAUACAAUCGCUCCCAUGUCACGUGUCAGUGCGAUCACUUGACAAACUUCGCCGUGCUGAUGGAGGAAGCUGCGGGUAGCACGGGAGAAGAUCCCCAGGCGGCGCUGCGCAUCCUGGCUUACGUCGGCUGCGUGGUGAGUCUUGUGUGCGUAGCGGGAUCCCUGUUGGUGUUCUCAGUGUUCCGCGGGCUGGCCUCCCCCCGCACAGCGGUGCACCGACAUGUGUGCGUGUGUCUAACAGCUGCCGAGUUGGUCUUCCUGGUGGGGGUGUGGCGCACUGAUGCUCCUGUCCUCUGUGGCGUCGUGGCCGGUAUCCUCCAUUAUACGGUCCUCUCAGCAUUUGCAUGGAUGUUUAUGGAAGGUGUGCAUGUUUACCUGAGCGUGGCCCGGGCCGUGGAGUGCGACUCUCUGAGGCUACGCUGGUGGAACUACGCCUUAGCUUACGGCCUUCCUCUCCUAGUGGUGGGCACUGCAGCCGUCAUCGACCCCUUCAGCUACGGCACGACCCAAUACUGCUGGCUCCGCACAGACAACUACUUCGUGUUUUCCCUGGUUGGUCCAGCCUUGCUGCUGCUGGCCGCACACGUGGCUCUGUUAGCAGCAGCUCUUAUCUACACCUGUAAGCUCUCUCCUGAUGACGCUCUCAAAACAAAGGAGAUGGCCCGCCUCGACUCCAGCAGGGCUUGGCUCCGGAGUGCCAUCACAUUGCUGUUACUUAUGGUGCUCACCUGGACACUGGGACUCUUGUAUCUCCACCGACCCUCUCUACCCAUUGCUGCAGCCUUCUGUGUACUCAAUGCUCUACAUGGCAUUUUUAUCUUCAUCUAUUACUGCGUCAGGAACCAGAAGGUGCGGGAAUGGUGUCGGUCUGCAGUGGAGCGUGAGGCUUGGCUCCCACAGGUGGUUCGGGGAGUCUUUGCCGCCGAGAAGCAGACCUACAGCCCUAAUAACAACAACACCAACCCCCACCCCGCCAUCUCUCACGCCCUCAAUCACGCCCACGCCUCGCCCGCCCUCAACCAAGUGGGUAGUAACUCAUGCCGAGACCCGACCACCACCACCACAACCCUCACCACCUCCCCAUCAAUAACCUCAUCCUCCAGUUCUUCCACUUCCUCCAGAAGUUCUCCUCCAACACCUGUGGAAGGCGGACCUCCUCCUCCCUUGAGCCCCUCAAGUCCUCCUCCCUCACACAAGCAUCACCACCACCACCCCAGAGAUCACCGGGGUGUGGCGCCACGUCCCCCUGGUCCCCCUGUAGCGACCAUAACAACAGCAGACCCAUCCUCAGUAUCUUCCAACGCUGUGUCAACUCGGCGGAGUGAAGGGGUCUGGGGACACCACACACCCACCUGUGGGCCCCCUUCUGUCCGGGGCCACGUCCACGAUGGGGUCUGGGGGCUCCCUUCGUCAGGGAGUCACGGGCCAUCUACCCCUCGGCACUCUUCAUCAGUCACUUCCUCGCCACCACACAGUCACCCUCCCGCGCACCACCACCACCACCACAACCACCACCACCAACCUUCAUCACGCCACCCUUAAUCAUGCCGAUGAAGAUGCUUCAUACAAAUCCUUUUCUCGUGAUUCAGGUCAUGGUGGGUCUGAGCAGGAAGACUCUCCACGUGCUGGCUGGAACAGUCACCACCAUCGCUACUCCAAUUCCCUGACAGCAGACCUCAAGAAUGCUUAUCUUGCUAAACUUAAUAGUAUCAAUGCUGCAGGAGGACUGGAUGGUGGUCUCACAUUCCCCAGCAUGGAAGGUGGGAACAAGGUCAUCACUGUACCAAACAGUUACACAACACAGCUCUCACCAGCUGCUGUUCCUCCUGCCGUGGCUGCAAUGCUACGGGGAAAUGGCACUACAGCUCGUUCUCAUUCUCCUUGGAAUCAUACAUACAUGGAGAUUGAGACUGAAGCUGACCCAGUGUAUGAGGAGAUUGAGCGUGAACGUUGGGUAGGUCGAUCUGGAGGUGUGGUUGGUGCUCCUGCAGGACAAGAAACUAUGCAGGUAUCCGACCUCUCUGAUGAAGAUGUCAAACGUGGCACGCCGAGUGACAUGAGUCGCCAAUCUUCUCGUAGCUAUGGUGAUGCCCGACCUCUGCUACCAUACCAUCAUGCACAGGGUCAUCACUAUGCCAGAAGUCCACAGGAUCAACAGUUUGCUCUCAGCGAAGAAAGAUUACGAGAUUUUAAUGCUGCACAGAUGAGCCGAGACUUGGAACAACUGCAACAAGCACAGCAGCAAUACUCGCGAGAGAAUUUGAUGACUGUGGCUGUUUUGAAUGGUGAGCAGGUUGUGUGUCGCUUAACAUCGCCCUCAAAUCCACAGGCUCCUCAGAGUCUGCCAGUAAUACACGAGGGCAGUGGACGAGGUCUUGUAGUGUCACAGGCAUCUCCUGCCACCAAUGGCUACCCAGCACAUCUUGUGGUGUCUCGCCCCAGUCAGUACAGACCCCAGCAAUUUAGUGAGUGUUAGUGAGCGGCAGCAUACUUUUUUAACUAUCCCAUUGAUGGAUAUAAAGGCCAGACUGCAAAAUUAACAAGUGUCUUUUAGACUUGUUUUUUCCACUUGUUCUUACCAGCUUGUGACUUUUGAACUUGUCCCCUUUGGUGGUUGAUAUCAACAGCUGGUAUAAUCCUUGAUGGUGCAAGGCACUUUUUUCGUACUGUAUUGCAUUUUAUGUUCAAAACUUCAGUGAAUCUUAAUUGCCAUUAUAAGAAAAAAGUCGAGUGUAUGUACAGCAGCAAAAAGACUGCUACCAAAGAUUCUUCCAAGUUUGUUUGUGACAAGAAUGGAGUCACAUCUAGCAGUUUAGAUAACUAGUGAUGUUUUUUUUUAUUUAUUGGUCUUUUUGUUUGUGCCACAGAAUUUUUAGCUCUUAAAACUGAUUUGAACCCUUUGUGAUUUUUGUAUGAAAAGGCUUUUCUACUUUUUUUUUUUUUGAGGGUAAUUUCCAAAGAGUUGAGUGUUCAUUAUUUUUUAUUCAGUUAAGCCUCGUGCCCAAUCUCUAAAUUCGCUUCGAAUCACCCCAAAUAAACUUGGAGGGCUAUUAGAGGAAGUCCCUUUUUUUCGGUCAGGGGAGUGUGACUUGUAUAAAGGUAUUUGGAUGAUUUAAUUUUGUAAAUAAAAUUUUUAUAUGUACGUUUUCUUAAUGAAAACCCAAAGCUUUAGAUGUGAAGAGUCUUUGAGAGUCAUUUCCAACGGGCCUUUUCUUCGUUAGGGGAAGAGAAACACUGAUAUUUUUCCUAUUAAAAUUCAUGGCAGCAGUUCCCGGGGCCCUUCCCCGGCUGUCAGCAAUACCUCUCGAGCAGGGCCGGGCCCAGGCGUGCCUCAUCUUUUGGGGCUUCAUGACCCUCCCUUUUGGUGCCCCCUUACUUUUGGUAAAUACUGCCAUCCGGGGUCAGUAUAGCCUUACCCCUUACAGUAGGGCUGAACCCCCUGUAUUAGGAGGCAGUGUCGUGUAGUCUAGGGUGCUCCUAUAAUAAUUGUAAAAAGAAUAUUAUAGAUCCAGACAUGCAGACACUGUUCAUACUAGAUAAAUGCCACUAGCUUAGCCGGACCCCGGAGCUAGCUUCUGCCACCAUCUCUUCUCCAACUUGUGAGCUGUGAUACGUUGAAUAGAUAAUCAGUGUAAAAUAUGACAAUAAAAUAAUUUAAU